UCAGUCAAAUCAUUUUACUCUAUGCUCUAUGGCCCUAGUUGAAUGAAUCGAAAAAGUGUUUGUGUAAAUGAUUGUGGAACAAAGAAUUUUACAACGCGAAAUAGAUGAGGCUCGGUGGAGGACCACUGUUUAACAUUACUCAUGAGUACGGAAGAGACUCUGUUGAAUCUCGAUUUCGACAAACCAAAUUCAAUAAUUACGCCUCCUGAUGACGGCGUGGUAUCAUUGUCCAGUAGUGCCGAGGACAUUUGUUUAGUGCCAGAGGUCGGCUUUGAAGGCAACGUGGAUUCUCCAGGCUUGAACAGGGAGUCGCAGCCGCUUUUGAGCGGCCGUGGCGACUUUGAAGUAUCAUUUAACCAUUUUCCAGAUGACCCACAGUUCAGUGAGCUGGUGUGGCAGGCGGAGGUGGCCAUUGACAAUGGCAUUUACCCCGAAAGGAUAUACCAGGGCUCCAGUGGCUCUUACUUUGUUAAGAAUCCUGGUGGUAAAAUAAUAGGCGUAUUCAAGCCAAAAGACGAAGAGCCGUACGGCAGACUCAACCCAAAAUGGACGAAAUGGAUGCACAAGUUGUGCUGCCCUUGUUGCUUCGGCCGCUCCUGUCUCAUCCCCAACCAAGGAUAUCUGUCUGAAGCUGGCGCUAGUCUGGUCGACUCCAAGAUUGGACUCAAAGUCGUGCCUAAGACUAGGGUGGUGAAACUUGUAUCUGAGACGUUCAACUAUUUGCGUAUAGACCGCGAGAGGUCGAGGCUGAAGCGCGCCAUCACCGAGCAGUUCCCCAAUCUGCGCUUCAACAGAAUGGGACUGCCUCCUAAGGUGGGUUCAUUCCAGCUGUUCGUGGAGGGGUACAAGGACGCGGACUACUGGCUGCGUCGCUUCGAGCAGGAGCCCCCACCACCGCAUCUCAUGAGGAAAUUCCAGCUACAGUUUGAGCGUUUGGUGGUGCUGGACUACAUCAUUCGGAAUACUGACCGCGGCAAUGACAACUGGCUUAUCAAGUACGACGCCCCCAGUGCUAACGGCAACUCGGAACCACUCAAUAUGACGGACCCCACGGAAUGGUCAGGUGGUAACGUGGAGGUGAGAAUUGCGGCCAUCGACAACGGGCUGGCGUUCCCCUUCAAGCAUCCUGACUCCUGGCGCGCCUACCCAUACCACUGGGCCUGGCUGCCGCAGGCCAAGAGACCCUUCAGUCAGGAGACUAAAGAACUGGUGCUGCCGCUGCUCUCCGACAUGAACUUCGUACAAGAAUUAUGCGAUGAACUGCAUAUAUUAUUCAAACAAGACAAAGGUUUCGACAAGGGUCUGUUCGAGCGACAGAUGUCGGUGAUGCGCGGCCAAGUGCUCAACCUGACGCAGGCCCUCAAGGACAACAAGAGCCCUGUACAGCUCGUGCAGAUGCCCGCAGUCAUUGUUGAGAGGUCCAAAAGUGGCACGACGUCGUCUCGUUUCUUCGAUUCGUUCCAGCAACGCUUCCAGCACAAGUCGCCGUUCUUCUCCUGGUGGUGAACACACCGCAAACUGACAAAUGUCACGGCGCUUGUCACGUGGCGACGCUGCUAUAUAUAGUUAAAUAAAUGUAUGUAUGUAUGUAUGUAAUUGUAGAUUAGUACAUUUUCAAAUUAUAUGUAUCAUGUGGAGACACAGUGUAGUGUGCCGGCAGACAUGUCAGUCAUCAUUUUAUAACUUCCUAAUAUUGACUACUUGUAUUAAUGACAUCAACAAAUUGAUAUUUAUGACAAAUAUAAUGGAAUUAAAAAACUUCAAGUAAUGCUUAAUACCUAAAUACAUAUCAAAUUUACUAAGUUGAUAAUGGAUUUAGGUAUUUUCAUAGUUUCACUAAACUUUAACUAUUAGCUUACUACCUUUACUUAUGUCUAUUUAAUAUAAUAUUUCUUGAUAUGACUUGAGACAUCCAUUUUUUUUAUAUCAAUCGAUAAUACUCAAUAAUAAGACAUAUAAAUACUAAAUCAAACUGUAAAUGUUAUUAUUAUGAAGAGUAAUUAUAAAAAAUAUGAAAAAAUUAUAUUUGCACUGAUGUCUCUGUUGGUGCAGUACACUGUGACAGUAACAGCAGUUGGGUCGGAGCUAGUCGUGUGUUGAAUGAAUCUGAGAUGUCUUUAUUUAUUAAGCUCUUGUUUUAUAAUCACUAUUAAAACUAAUUUAUAUAAUUUCUAUAAAAAAACU